ACGCUGGCGGCUGAUGGGAGAGGCGGGGCUGGGCGGCGGUUGGCUCCUGGAAGCACGUGACCACACGGGACGAAACAGGGUCAACAAGAUGGCGGCGCCCGGGGCUUAACGCGCUGCAACCAGGGUAUAAACCGAAUUCUAAUUCAUGUUACCGGGAGAAUCACACCCGAAUUCUAAUUCAUGUUACCGGGAGAAUCACACCCGAAUUCUAAUUCAUGUUACCGGGAGAAUCACACCCGAAUUCUAAUUCAUGUUAUCGGGAGAAUCACACCCGAAUUCUAAUUCAUGUUACCGGGAGAAUCACACCCGAAUUCUAAUUCAUGUUACCGGGAGAAUCACACCCGAAUUCUAAUUCAUGUUAUCGGGAGAAUCACACCCGAAUUCUAAUUCAUGUUACCGGGAGAAUGACACCCGAAUUCUAAUUCAUGUUAUCGGGAGAAUCACACCCGAAUUCUAAUUCAUGUUAUCGGGAGAAUCACACCCGAAUUCUAAUUCAUGUUAUCGGGAGAAUCACACCCGAAUUCUAAUUCAUGUUAUCGGGAGAAUCACACCCGAAUUCUAAUUCAUGUUAUCGGGAGAAUCACACCCGAAUUCUAAUUCAUGUUAUCGGGAGAAUCACACCCGAAUUCUAAUUCAUGUUAUCGGGAGAAUCACACCCGAAUUCUAAUUCAUGUUAUCGGGAGAAUCACACCCGAAUUCUAAUUCAUGUUAUCGGGAGAAUCACACCCGAAUUCUAAUUCAUGUUAUCGGGAGAAUCACACCCGAAUUCUAAUUCUGUUAUCGGGAGUUCAUGUUAUCGGGAGAAUCACACCCGAAUUCUAAUUCCUGUUAGCGGGAGAAUCACACCCGAAUUCUAAUUCCUGUUAUCGGGAGAAUGACACCCGAAUUCUAAUUCAUGUUAUCGGGAGAUUCACACCCGAAUUCUAAUUCCUGUUAUCGGGAGAAUCACACCCGAAUUCUAAUUCAUGUUAUCGGGAGAAUCACACCCGAAUUCUAAUUCAUGUUAUCGGGAGAAUCACACCCGAAUUCUAAUUCAUGUUAUCGGGAGAAUCACACCCGAAUUCUAAUUCAUGUUAUCUGGAGAAUCACACCCGAAUUCUAAUUCAUGUUAUCGGGAGAAUUACAUCCGAAUUCUAAUUCAUGUUAUUGGGAGAAUGGAGUGUGACUGUUAAUAUAACUCCUAGUCCCUGCUCUGUGCUAUCAGCUCUCCCAUAACCCCAUGCUUUCUGUCUAUAGAGGACACCGAUAACCGAAUCACAGGGGAUGUGAGUGACCAUGGGCUUUUGAUUACACACACUGAGUUAUUGGGGUUAUAGAAAACUGCUCUGGGAUUCAUUAAACUGGGAUUUGUCAGGAGUUACAAAGCUAAUUUAAAAUUUUGUGGGGAAAUUUCUACAAGUCAUUUAUGUUGUCAUAAAACUUUAAAAUUCUCACAAAUUCUCACUUUCACGUUUACUAAGCAAACUUGGAGUUGUAGUGAAUUAAACACCUUUUGGUACAUUUUUGGCGUAAAUGGCAAAUGUAGAGAAAAAAAAAGGCCAUUUGGAGUUUUGUGAAUAAAUGUCUUUAUCCCAUAAUGCUUAGAGUGAAAGGACACUGUGAGCCAUGAGGUGUGUUGUGUUACCUGAGAUGGAAGUUAACCUAAGGCAGCCUAGACAUGAGGGGAAAACAAUACAUCCUGGGUUUCUGACUGAACCUUUUAUCUUCUGGUUUAUGAUGUCUUGAGAACCCCUCCAUGCUAUUAUUUUCUUGUAAUCCAUGGUGUACGCUCACGCUCUGAUCAUAUUUGUUAAGAACUGAAUUAGGAUUAAUCAUAUUUUUUGUGGUCUCAGUAUUCAUAAUAUUCACCUUCCAUUUUUUGCAGCUAUACAUUUAUUUUGUGGUGAAUUCCUUUGUGGUGUAAAAAGCAAUGCUGUCGAGUCUCCGUAUGAUGGCGAACACUCGCCAAGUGCUGAUCCGGGGGCUGUGCCCUGCUCUCCAUGGUGUAGAUAUAGCCAACAGAUCUCGGCAGUUCUCUGCAUUAGCUUCUGGUGAGUACUCAAUGAAGACGCAUUACAUAGAUUGUGAAUGCACCAAUGGAUUGAUACUCUACAUGGUCAGCUCAGCAUGUUUAACCCCUUAAGAACCAAACUUCUGGAAUAAAAGGGAAUCAUGACAUGUCACACAUGUCAUGUGUCCUUAAGGGGUUAAAUUCCAGCAUGAUAAUUAUUUUAUUUUAAGGGGAUAAUGAGCAAUAGGACAGAGGUGGUAGGGAAGCAGAAAGACCAGCAGCAAGCAGAUCGCAAAUGCUGCUGAGCCUGACGCGGUCAAUGGCCUCCUCCAACCCCCACCCAAUGCAAAUCGCAAGAUGUAGAGCAGCCUGGACGCCUUUGUAUUGAAGCCUGUGGUAUGCAUCUCUAUCGGUUGCAAAUCACAGUAAUGCACGACUGUAACGGAACGAUUACUAUUUUGUGCUUCUGAUGGAGCUGCAAACCACACGCCUGGCCUGGCCUGCCCUGUGCCCCUGUAUCAGCUCUGUUGCUUACUAGAGAUGUCGCGAACCGUUUGCGAACUUCCCGCGAACGGCUCGCCGCGGUUCGCCACGAACCGUUCGCGGCGAGCUCCGGUCAGCUGACACAUGCCGGCCAAUCUCCAGCAGACCCUCCCUCCCAGACCCUCCCACCUCCUGGACAGCAUCCAUGUUGAAGCUGCCUUCAACAUGAAUGCUGUCCAGGAGGUGGGAGGGUCUGCUGGAGAUUGGCCGGGAUGUGUCAGCUGACUGGAGCUCACGGCGAACCGCGGCGAGCCGUUCGCGGGAAGUUCACGAACGGUUCACGACAUCACUAUUGCUUACCCGAGGAACGAUUAAAUGAGUAAAAAACAUCUUGCCCAGUGCUUAGAACUGCAUGUCCUGGAUACUCUUGCAAAAGGAAUUCCCCAUCUCUGAGUCAAAACUUUCGUUCAAAGCAGCACAAUAUCAUGCAUACUUAAAGCAAUACAGGCAUUAUUAGCCUACCAGACUUUCUGCCUGAGACCUGUAAUGAGGUCUACUGCACUUUUUGGGACCUAAGUCUUCACCUUUCUCUAAACAUCCUGUGUGAGAAUGCACAGCAAUGUUUCUCCCCUCGAUUAUAUUUAUAAGGUCAAGGGCCACUCGCAUGAAAUCAUGGGCCAUUUUGACAUUUGUAUCUAAAUUUAUGACAGACAAUUUAAUGAGCUAUUUGAACAUUCCAUUACAUCUGAAUUAAUGCUGUCUGUUUAAAAUUAUUGUUGAAAAUAUUGGUAUUGUUGGAACCUGUACUGCGCUCUCUUUGAUUGUCAUCAUACAGGUUGCGCUGUCUUUCUCGAGUGGCACAGUCACUAAGGGAUGGUUAUAAAUAACUUAUACUAUUACCUGGGCAAAGCAUAUUAACCCUUUCUUGCUGGCAUGUAGGAUGUCUAAUUUGAUAAAUCCAGCCUGAUUAUAGUUUCACAGUGAUAUCACUGAUUAUAUAAUUAAGGAUCAUGUGUUUAAUAACUGACAGAGAGAUGUAACAAACAUACUGCUAAACCAAGUGUUAUUCUUGUUUUGUAGAUAGAAGGAGGUUCUAUGAAAAUGUCAGUAUAUCUCAAGGAGAAGGUAUGUUUUAAGAACCAUUAUUUACACUCUCUCAUGUGUCUUCAUCAUAAAAGAAUAGAACAUGUCUAAACUGUCAGUAAAUUGCUGUUGUAGCAGUAUAUUGUAGAGGAUGUUAAAAAAUAGCAUUUUCAACUCUUGUUCACAGCACCAUUAUUACAGUGAUUAAAUUAAACUUGGCAUGGAUUACCUCAUCUAAUAUAGAUUUUGUAUACUCAAAGUUAUUGUAGUGUCUUUCAGUUAAACAGCACAAGGACUUGUUCUGUCUUAAAAAACAAAACAGAAAACGAGAAACUGUAGUACUUUUUUUGUAUUGUGAGACUUUAUCAUUAAUCAGUGCAAGGUCCAGUGUGCUGUUAGACUCUCCAAUGUGUUCCAGUGUGCUGUUAGACCAGGCUUCCCCAAACGCUGGCCCUCCAGAUGUUGCUGAACUACAACUCCCUUAAUUCUAUGAAUGAAAUAGGCUGAGAAUCAUUGGAGUUGUAGUUCAGCAACAUCUGGAGGGCCAGAGUUUGGGGAAGCCUAAGUCAGACUCUCCAGUGCAUCCUGCCUUCAUCUGGUAUAUUUUGGGUUAUGAUGGCACUUUUGUUUUCAGAGCCACAUGUUUAGUCCCAUCCACUGGGUUGUUCAUGAAAUAUCUCACCAGUGACAGUACUGCUUAAACAUUUAUUUAAAAUCACAACAAAGUGAAGAAUCAAGCUUUCAUUUACACACUGUAAAUGCUGGUUCAAACUCACAGAUACAGUGUUACAGAAUGCAUGUUAACUGAUUAAGUUCUACAGUGCAUUAUGUUUACAGUAUUAAAUGAAAUACCUGACUGUGGUAUAGAAAAAACAAAUAGAGGAUAUUGUUUUAAGUAUGGAUUGAAUGGAGCAGUUUAGGUCUUGGGUGGGCAAAUUAAGUUCUCCAGCUGUAAAAUUGUAACAAAAGUUUUGGCAGAGUAUCAUAUUAUGCUUGCUAGUGGUCUGCCCUCUGACCCCAAUUCAUUUCGGUCAAUUACUCUUUGCGUUUGCCCAUAGCCGGGUUUGAAAUUAACCUGGAUCGCCGGAAACUGAAGACCCCCGCAGGAAAGUUGUUCUCUGUCCCCAGUGAGGCAUUGGCUAUCGCUGUGGCCACUGAGUGGGACUCUCAGCGAGACAAAAUCAAAUUCUUCACCAUGCAUCUGGUAAGGAAGGCACAAAAUCACAGGCACCUAAAGGGUUGAUUCCAAUAUUCCAUGUUUCUUUGGGAACUGAAGGUUUUAUUUUCUAACUUGUAGACCACACUCUGCAACACUGCUUUGGACAACCCUACACUAAGGCAGAAGGAGCAACUCAUCAACGCAGCACUGAAAUUCUUAGAAACAGACACAGUCUGGUAAGAGUGUGACCAUAUAUUAAACAUAGGAGGUGUGUGAAGGGGUCUACAUUAUAUUUUGUGCCGUCCUCACUGGAUUUGAUCUGAGAUUGGUGAUGGUUUUAUUUGUGUGUUGUGCUGGGAAGCUAAUCACGCUAUGAUCAAGGUCGGAAAAAUGUUUUCCACACUUUAACAUAUCCCAAUGAAAGGGAAUGUUCAGUGUUAGAACUCUUGUUCUGCUAAAUAUGAAUUGGACCACAGUUGUCCAAUAAAAAUCAGUCCUACUAGGUCCCUGACACAAGAUAUGUCAACAGUGUGUGUAUCCACAACUUGUAAAACCUUUAGUAGACAUUGUCUGUCUUACUCAAUAUGUUAUUUUUGGUAAAACUCACACCUUUUAAAAAUAAAUUAUAUAUAGAUAUUACCCCACACCCCCUAACACUACAGUAUUUAGUAAAACCAACUACAGCAUAAGAGUCGUUUGGUUAGUGUGAUUCUGAUCACUCCUCUCUAGGCUCUUCAGUAUUGGGGCAAAUUCCCUCUGACUGUUUAAAGACACAUUUGGGUUUAAUCCUUUAAAUAAUAUCUGUAAUAAUUGUGGUCUGUGACCCACUGAUCGAAAUAGCUCCUUCAUUACAACUAUGAGAUAACAUAUUACCCUUCUCUUUCAGUUACCGAGUAGAAGAACCGCAGUCUUUGGUGGAAUUGCAAAACAACGAGUGGGAUCCCAUUAUAGAAUGGGCAGAAAAGAGGUGAGACAUUAAAUUUAAAAUCUAUAUCCCUACAGUCAUAGGCCACUCUCCCUAAUGAGCGUCAUUGCUGGAUACGCUGUGUUAUCAGCCUUGCAACACAAAGUUGCAGAGGAAGUUGGCUGCACUGCAACACUUAAAGGACCACUCCACACUCCAAAAGUACUUCUGCUUGCCGAAGUGAGCUAUGGGUGAGGAGUAGCCUAGUUUAACCUCAGUAGCACUUUUAUAAAUUAACUGGGGAACUCUCCCUGGCUGUUAAACAACCAGAGAGGAUUCCUUAAUAUUUCCAUUAGCUCCCUUAAGCUAAUGGAAGUGUCAGGCACGCUCUACUUGAGUAUGCCUGCCUCCCUCACAGAACCCAGGCCAGAUGCACAGCUCCAGAUAUGCGAGCGCUCAUUGAGAAGCCUCUGAUUGGUUAUUUCUCUGUGAAGAGACUGAAACUUUCAGGAAAAAGGGGAGGGCUUAUGUUUUUGUAAACUCUUUUAGACUAUACUCCCAAUGAAUACAUACAUAAAAUAUGAAUGCAUGUAUUCAUUGUGAUAUAUCUACCAAACUGUGGGUUUUUUGGUUGGUUUUGGAAGUGUGGAGUGGUCCUUUAGAGAAUUUUGCAUCUUGGUGCUGCUUCAUUAGACAUGUCAAAUUGCAUAUAUAGAAUACAAAUUACAUACAUGUGAGGAAAGUUGGAAUACGUGUAGAGAUAGAUGGUGACUCCACCAGAAAACUGAAAGUAUCCAGGUUUAUUAUUACAAAUAUAGAUAUAAGCGGUAUUAUUACAAAUAUAGGUAUAAGCAGUUUCCUAUUCACCAAUCCUAUUAACUGUUUUUAUUUAUUUUUUUACAGGUACAAUGUUCUGAUUGGCUCCUCUACUUUUAUUCUGGGACCUAGCAUCCCGAGAGAAACUAAAGAUGUAUUUACUCGUCACUUGGCAUCAUACAAUUCCUGGGCAUUACUAGGUAUGAUCAAACAGGGGGAUGUGGUUUAUGGACAGAGGGAAUCCUUGUCAUGGAAAGGCGGAUUAAGAUCAAUCGUGGGAUAUUUUUUAUUCGAAGAUUAUAUUGUUAGUACAAAUAGAACAAAUACAGCCAAUUCUACAGAGAAACAUAUAAAACAAUUGUAUGUUAACCUAUCGCACUCACAAACGUGUUCAAGAUAAGGUCCUUGAAUAAUAAAAGAUGUAUUCAAACCCCAAAUGGUUUAGAUCCAACUUUAGUAAAGAGAAUGGAACCAAUCUAUUUGGGGGGAGGUGAAUACAUAUUGUAUCAAUCAAGGCCCUUAAACACGUUUGUGAGUGUGAUACAUACACAUUGUGAUUCACUGGUACUUCAGGUACAACACUGUUAUUGUUUUGUAUUUCUAUUUAGAAUUGACUGCAUCCUCAUAUAUGUUUUGUUUGUACAGGCUGUUUAUGGUGAUUAGGAGGUCCCUAAGAAAGCCAUGGACAUUGUGAAGUAUUUCUAUAUUUGAUAUUCAAAAAAUAUGUGUACUGAUUCAUUCACUUAUUUUUAUUUCAGUUGUUGUGUUAUGAUUAUAUUGUGUACUAAAAAGGACACAUUUUUACCUUCAGGCCAAGAGUGUUAUCAGUCUGUCUCUGUGCACAAAUAUUUGAAAUAUCCUGAGAUGCUGCACGCCAAGGGAUUCUGGGAGUUGUAGUCUAGUUGGCAGCUCUCUGUUGUUGGUUACUUACAGCACACGCAGGAACUCCAGAUCGGGAUAUAAUUUUUUAAUUUCAUUUACAUAGACAGACCUAAAGAUAUCCGUAUAAAUCAAGAAUGGGUAACUCCAUCCUGCCGUGUCCCUUUAAAUGGUUACUUGUCCUAUACUUUUACUGAUAUUUGGCCUUCCUCAGUGAUUCUCCCUUUCAAUUGUCAUUCAGGGAUUGAAUUCAUCAUUGCACAGCUGAAGUCCCUGAUUCUUGCUAUGGGAGUGAUUGACAGAGCACUGACGGUGGAGAAGGCCGUACUUCUCUCACGACUGGAAGAAGAGUACCAGGUAAAAUACAUGCUGAUUCAUUACUUACACUGGAUCACUGCUGUAGCCAUAACGUUGCAAGUGUUCUCAUGCACACACUAUUCUACUUACACCACAUUACUGCUGCCAUAAUACACUGCAUGACUUCUUCCGUACAAGGGCUUAUUCUAUAUUUGCGCUGAGCUUCUACUUGAUCUCACAAAGCUUUCCAUGCCUUCCCCUGCAUAUCUGCUGUCUCUGUAUUUAUGCCAUGUGACCGUUAAACCUAUCUCUAACAAGUUCUUGUUAAAAAGACUAAUUUAUUUAAAGCACAUUCAAUUAGGACAACAAUAUCAAACAUAGAUCUCUGUGACAUCACCUAAAAAUGGUUAAUUUACAGAAUUUCUAGUUUUUGUAUGUAUUUACUCAACUGUUCUAGAAAUUGCAGGGUAUGUAAGAUAUGAGAGAUUAUACAUUGUAGCUUUGCUUGUGAUACUGGUUCAAUGCUUUGCUCAAAACAGAAGGACUGACUAGAACUCUAGCUGUAAAAAUAAAUACAUUUAAAUAAUUGGCUUUCAGCAAGGCAAAGACAUGCACUGGAGCAGAAAUGUAGGCAAGUAGGUUAUUAUAUUUCAUUUGGCAUUGCAAAACAUAAUAUAUAGCCUAUGUUUACAGGUUGUUGGUAGUGAAGGGUUGUCUCAUCUAGAAUUAUUUGGAAUUAUGAUGUUGAAUGUAGAUGAAAAGACUCUUCUGAUAAUCCUUUAAUUGUUUUUGUCUGAUUCAGAUCGGGCAGUGGGGAAACGUAGAGUGGGUUCACGAAUAUGACCUGCAAGAAUUGAGUGCUCGCACAGCCGCAGGCGUCCUGUUUGUUCACCUCUGCUCAGAAAGCUCGACUGUCAAACACAAACUCCUGCAAGACUAACUCCAUGCUGGGAUAUCUACACAUGCAACUGAGAUCGUACUACCCUCCAGGGCCUCCUGACAGUGACUCUAAUUCACUGGUGGAAACUAUUGAAAACAUAAUUUUGUUACAUAAUUUAAAAUGGUGCAAUCCUAGUAAGUGAUUUCUAGGUGUGCACUGUGAAUCAUUAUGAUUACAGCGAAAAGCUGUAAUCAUCAACAUUGCUCGGCCAUAAUGGUUGAUAUUAAGAACACUGGCCAAUCAAGGAUCUUUCUAUUCCUGUCCUGGAUUGCAUUUAUUGAACAUCCCAACAAAAUUAAAAGGUGACAAAAUACAACUGAUUAUUCAUUGCACCUUUAUGGGUAAUCUGCACUUGGUAAACUCUGUUUGUGCCAUACCUUUAAUGAACUGAAGGCAAACGCGCUUUACUGUGGGAAACAAAGUCACUAUUUUGGUUCCAGAAUGUUGGUACUGCAGAUCAGAGUUCGGAGUGACCUUUUGAGAUAAACAAAGAUUUACAUAUAGGGGUGUAUUCACUAAACUGCAAUAAAAUUGGUAGGUACUUAUAUCAAUUCUCAGCAAUUCCUGGUAAAGUGAAUAGUUUUGUAAGAUAUAAUUAAUUAUUCUGCCCUUGUGAUAUUUCAAAAAUAUUUAUGCCCUGUGCUUUGUCUCACGAACAAUGGAAAUGCCACACAUUCUACCCUUUUAAAAGGACAUUCCAAAUUAACUACAACAAAAGAAAAACUCAUUUUGUAGAGUUCUUGCAAGUACGCAAUCUGUAAGAGUUUCUAGUGACUGAUAGGAAUUUUGUCUAUGGAACACACACAAGCAACAGCCAUUGCAAACUCUGACACAACCAUAUCCUCACUUUAAACGCAUUUUAAGCUUGUGAACAUGAGCAAGGGAGAGGAAUCUGUGCUGUUCGAUAAGGAAGUUGAUUUAUCCAAGGUUAAUCAAAAGGAAGACACCCCUGUAGUAUUUCCAGUUUAACAAAAGUAGUGGAUCUACCUUUUGGCCACUUUUAGAUUGAUAUGUUUCUCUAUCAGGUACAACUUUGCUUUAAAGCACUUGAAUCAUUUCAAAGCAUCGUAUACUCUCUUUACAUUUGAGUCUUUCUACCUUACUUGUGUUUCACAAAUAUUAGAAUAUUAUGCUGAUCCGAGUAGCAAGAAUAGUGGCUUAAUUGAUGCAUGCAUCCUGCACUGACAAAUGCCAGUAAUGUCCGUUUUAGAUGUAAAAACACGGAUAAACACAAACAGCAUAGGGAAAGAUACUGAUUACAGGUGCAGCUGGUCCUGUAAUACCAUACUAAUAAAUAAUAUAACAUGAGCUAUAUCACUGUGUAACCUAAAUAUAACAGUCUUUGAGUAUUGUAAUAAUUUGAUUUGCAAUACUAAGAAUAAUGAACAUCAUUGAAACUGUGUAUUUAUUUAUAGAAAACUCUUUAUAGAAAUUGUCUGAUCAAAUGCAUCAGUUGAGUUUCAUCCUGCUUGCCCUUUGCCCUUCCAGAAUGUGAUGGUGAAUACAGAUCAUUAAUAAUCCUGCAUAAAAGCUUUUAAUGCAGAUCUUUGGCAGCAGAAAACAUCAGUCUAUAAAACCAUAAACCACCUUCUUUUUACUGAGAAGGUUUCCAAGUCCCUUCCAUUUGUUUCCAGCCCUGCAGGGAUAAUUAGCACGUACUGGCAAUGGGUGACCGUGCUAGUGGUCAUAUCUGAUCAUGAAUUUCUAGAUUGUCCAACUCGUCAUGCAGGUGAUCCAUGAACUUGUUGAUUUCAGCCACUCGCUUGCGAUUUCUUAGCAGUUCAUCUUUAUGCACCUU